AUGGCUACGAAGCAGUCGUCGCUGCUGGGCUUCUUUGCCAAGGCGCCCAAGCCUGCGGAAAAGGGGCCCGAAAAGGACAAUAGCAAGGCGAAUGCUGCGCCGAAGAAGACCGAGGCACCGGUGACGCCCGCCAAGCGCGAGACGCCUACCAAGCGCGACGCGCCGGAAACGCCGGCCGCGACGCCCGCGCCGACGGCCAAGCGCCCGCGCAGCUCGCCGCUGGCGUCCUCACCGGCGAACCGCGUGUCGGACGAGUCGCUCACGCCGCCGCCGUCGAGUGAUGUGCCGGACGAAGAGGUGCCGAACGGCCGCCGCCGCGCCGCGUCGCGCCGCGUCAGCUACUUUGAAGAGCGCUCAGAAGACAGCGGCUCGGGCGAGUCGCAGGACGAGGACGACUUUGUGAUGUCGGACGUGUCCUCGGAGAGCGAUAACGCGAGUGAAGCAAGCGCUUUGCCGAGCGAGGACGAGGCGACGCCUGAGCCGGAGGAGGAGGAAGAGGAGGAGGAAGUGGUGACGCCGCCGCCGAAACGCAAAGCGCCUGCCCCGGCCCCGGCCUCGGUCGAAGCUCCACGCAUGAGUCUCGCGCGGAGCCACCUGACCAAGGCCGAGCGCCGCGCAGAAGACGACAAGCGCAAGCGUGUUGAAAACGAGCAGGCGUACAGCUUCCUGCUCGACGUGCGCGACAAGGACAUGCACCGUCCUGGCGAGCUGGACUAUGACCAGCGCACGCUCUACAUCCCCCCGAGCGCGUGGCGUACCUUUACGCCGUUUGAAAAGCAGUUUUGGGAGAUCAAGCAGAACCACUACGACACGGUUCUCUUCUUCCAAAAGGGCAAGUUUUACGAGCUGUACGAAGAGGACGCAUUGAUCGGACACCGCGAGUGCGACCUCAAGCUCACGGACCGCGUCAAGAUGAAGAUGGUCGGUGUCCCGGAGGCGUCGUUUGAUAUGUUUGCCACGAAACUCCUUGCGCUCGGAUACAAGGUUGGGCGCGUGGACCAGAGCGAGACGGCCGUCGCCAAAGGCAUGCGUGUCGGCGAAAAGUCGCGCGGCGGCGGCUCCGAGAUUGUGCGCCGCGAGCUCCGGCACGUUGUGACCAGCGGCACGAUCGUCGACGGCAGCGUGCUCUCGGACGACCUCAGCAGCUACUGUGUGUGCAUCAAAGAGUUUAAGCCCACGCCGGACGCGCUGCCCCGCUUUGGCAUUUGCACGCUCGACGCGUCCACCGCCGAGUUCCGGCUGGUGACGCUUGAGGACGAUGCCGUGCUCACACAGCUCGAGACCGUGCUGCGUUCGCUGCGCAUCCGCGAAGUCUUGCACGAAAAAGGCGUCAUUUCGCCGAGCACGCUGCGCCUGAUCCGCAACGUUGUGCCGACGACGUGCCAGAUCACCAUGCUCAAGCCGCAGACCGAGUUCCUCGAGGCGGACGCUGCCGCCGCGCGCCUCCAGCAGCUCUUCCACGUCGAGGAGGCCAACGCGCUCCCCGAAUCGCUGCAGCCGAUGCUCGAGGAGCCGCUCGCGAUGUCGGCGCUCGGUGGUAUGCUGUGGUACCUCGAGCAGCUGCACCUCGACGGCGAUCUGUGUGCCGCCGGCAACUUUGCGCGCCUCCCGCCGCCGAGCGAGCGGGGCGCGCUAAUCCUCGAUGCCAAGUCGCUCAUGCACCUCAAUGUGCUGCACAACGACCAAGGCACGGACGAAGGCACGCUGCACCGCCUUUUGAACCGGUGCGUGACGCCGUUUGGCCGCCGCCUCUUUACCGUGUGGCUUACCGCGCCGCUCGCGGAUGUGGACGCAAUUAAUGCGCGUUUCGACGCCGUGGACGACCUGCUCAGCCACUCCUCGUUCAGCGAAGAGUUUGCGGCAUUCGCCCGCGCGCUCCCGGACCUGGAGCGCCUGCAGACGCGCGUCGCUGCAGGCAAGUGCCGUCCGCGCGAGUUCCUUACGGUGCUCCAAGCAUAUAGCCGCUUCAAGACGGCGCAGGACAAGCUGCUUGCGCACGCGUCCGAGUUUCAGGGCGACGUGCUGCGCACGAUGCUCGAGUCGCUGCCCGACGUCGCUGCGCUAGCCGCGUCGCUGCGUGCGCACUUCCACGCGAACGAGGACGGAUCCUUUACGCCGCGUCACGGCAAGUUCCCCGCGUACGAUGCGGCGGAAGAGGAGGUCCGUGCGGCCGAGGCGCGCCUCGAGAAGGAGCGCGAGGCGUGCGCGCAAGAGCUCAGCCUCUCGUCCAAAGAGGUCCAGUGGAAGCACAUUGGCACGAACGAGAUCUACCAGAUCGAGGUGCCGGCGCGCACCAAAGUCCCUGCAAACUGGAUUGUCAUGAGCCAGACCAAGGCUGCGAAGCGCUACUACACGCCCCGCGGCAAGGACCUCGUGCGCCAGCUGAAGGAGGCGCGCGAGACGCGCCUGGCGGCCGUGCGUGCCUUCCAGGACGAGAUCUACGUGCAAUUCCGCGCCGAGUACGCGACCUUUGCGCGUGCCGUGCGCACCGUCGCGCAGAUCGACUGUCUGUCGAGUCUCGCCAAGGCCUCGCAUGCGCUCGGCUCGCCGGCCUGCCGCCCGACACUGAUCAAGAGCGACGCGGCGCACUUUACCUACAGCGAGCUGCGCCAUCCGUGUAUGGCGCCGAGCGUGUUGAGUGGUAAUGUGACCGAGUUCAUUCCGAACGACAUUGCCCUUGGCAAGGACAAUGAGGAGGUGAUGAUCCUCACCGGCAGUAACAUGGCCGGCAAAAGUACAACGGCGCGCACGGCCGCGACCGCCGUCAUCCUGGCGCAGCUCGGAUGCUAUGUGCCAGCGCGGGAAGCGACGCUCGCUCCGAUCGAUCGCAUCGCAUCGCGCAUGGGCGCCAACGACCAGCUGUUCCGCAACAACAGUACGUUUAUGGUCGAGAUGCUCGAGGCGUCCAAGAUCCUGCGCGAAGCAACGCCCCGCUCGCUCGUGAUUAUGGACGAGCUCGGACGUGGCACGUCGACCUUUGACGGCCAAGCGAUUGCCUAUGCCGUGCUGCAUCACGUCGUCGCACGCUCGCGCUGUCUAUGCUUCUUUAUGACCCACUACUCCAACAUCGCCGCGAGCCUCGACACGUAUCCUCGCGUGAGCAACCGGCACAUGCAGGUGUUGGUCGACGACGAGGCGCGCCAUGUGGUGUUUACCUACCGCCUUGUGCGCGGCAUCGCCGAGUCGUCAUACGGCACGCAGGUCGCACGUAUCGCAGGCGUGCCGGACGAAAUCUGCACCAAGGCCGCUGUGGUAUCGGAGCGCUUUUUUGCCGAGGCGCAGCAGGAGCAGUCGCGCCGCCGUCACAGCAAAAUUCCCCUCGAGACGCUGAGCGACUUUGCGCGCCUCGUCGCGCUGGGCCGCGGCGUCAGUGGCAGUGCCGCGGAGCUUGCGGUGCUCUAUGCAGCCGCCACGCGACGCGCCUCGGGCGUUGGUGCACCGCCCUAG